AUGACUGGAAAAGUUUAUGUGAAACCUGUUGCUAAGAAGGCUCCAACACUUCGAGCAUGUGACACCACUAAAGUGGACCAUACGAUGUCUAAUCAUAUUGUGGUAAUGUUUUAUAAUGAGGAUCAUACGUAUUUGGCUGGAUGUGUAUCACUCGACAACCAGGUAAAUUUUGCUCAAACGUCUAAUGCUCUUGCACUGGUGGUGGGACCAGAAGGGCGAGUUGCAGCGCAACUUAACAAGUCACGUCGUGGAAAAAUUCCAGUCAUUAUGUUGAAUGACAAUCAAACCAAUUUAUUAAAGUCCAAUUUGAUUGAAGCAACCCGACAAGGUUCUGUUGCUCGCUUUCAAAUCCGUCAUUCUUCUUCUAACACGACCAAGUCGUCGAACACUCUUCGUUUACAAAUUACUGUUCCAAUUUUGCAGGUUUUGAGGCCAACGGUUGUGAAUAUUGGUUUAUUCGUAUUUCUGAUACUGUUGGUAUUUUUUAUUGGAGGAUUAGUUUUUAUUAAAAUAAAAUGGCGAUCUGAAUCGGUCCAUGACGGCCACCUGCGGACACUAGCUAAAUCUGCACUUGAAAGGAUGGAAAUCAGAAAAUUUGUGAAGGGUAGCGGAGGUCGAAAAUCAUGCGGUAGUUGUGGUAGAAAGAACAAAAUUUUUUGUUUUGUUGGUCAAAGCCGGAAGUUUUCUGUGCUAGGAUCGCUGUAUUCUAUUCCACGAAGUUCUGGAAGUCAGGAGCGCUGCAGUAUUUGUUUAGAGGACUACGAAGAUGGUCAAGAGUUAAGAGUUCUUUUUUGUGGUCACGAGUUUCACUCUAAGUGUGUUGAUCCUUGGCUCUUGAGUAAUCGGUAG